UUUCCGGUGUGCGGGAGGGGCGGGGCCUUACCCGGAAUGAAAACAAACGGCGGCCGCUCGUACUGCAUCCGGGCACUGGACGGGUGGCGGCCGGCGCUGUGGUGGCGCAGGAUGGCACAGAAGAAAUAUCUUCAAGCAAAAUUGACUCAGUUUUUAAGGGAAGACAGGAUCCAACUAUGGAAACCUCCGUAUACAGAUGAAAAUAAAGAAGUUGGCUUGGCACUGAAGGACCUUGCCAAGAAGUACUCUGACAGGCUGGAGUGCUGUGAGAGAGAAGUGGAAAAGGUGAUAGAAGAAAUCCGCUGCAAAGCCAUUGAGCGUGGGACAGGAAAUGAAAACUACCGAACCACAGGAAUUGCUACCAUCGAGGUGUUUCUACCUCAAAGGCUAAGAAAAGAUAAGAAACGCUUGUUGGAGACCCGAUUGCAUGUCACUGGCAGAGACCUGAGGUCUAAAAUAGCUGAAACCUUUGGCUUUCAAGAGAAUUACAUCAAGAUUGUCAUAAAUAAGAAGCAGCUUCAACUAGAGCAGAGCCUGGAGGAACAGGGCGUGACGCACAACGUGAAGGCAAUGGUGCUUGAGCUGAAGCAGUCCGAAGAGGAUGUGAGAAAACAUCUUCAGGUUGAGGAAGAAGAGCAAAACGAGGCUGAACUGAAAGAAAAGCAAAUUCAGAGGACCAAGAGGGGGCUGGAGAUCCUAGCACAGAGAGCCGAAAUGGUGGAUCCAGAAACCAUGCCAUACUUAGACAUAGCGAACCAGACAGGCAGACCCAUCAGAAUUCCCCCGUCUCAAAGGAAAUCCCUCAUGUUAGCCAUGGGCUACCACGAGAAGGGCAGAGCUCUCCUGAAGAGGAAAGAAUAUGGAAUAGCUUUGCCUUGCCUUUUGGACGCCGACCGAUAUUUCUGCGAGUGCUGCAGAGAGCUGCUAGACACCGUGGACAACUAUGCUGUUCUCCAGCUGGACAUUGUGUGGUGCUACUUCCGUCUGGAGCAACUGGAAUGCCUCGAUGAUGCUGAAAAGAAGCUGAACUUGGCCCAGGCGUGCUUUAAAAAUUGUUACGGAGACAAUCACCAGAGACUGGUCACUAUAAAAGGAAACUGCGGGAAAGAGAAGGUGUUGUUCCUAAGACUGUACUUGCUACAGGGGAUCCGAAACUACCACAGUGGGAAUGGAGAAGAGGCUCGGGAGCAUCUCAACAAGGCACGCGAGCUCUUUAAGGAGCUUUACAUCGACCCUUCCAAAGUGCACAACUUGCUGCAGUUGGGAUUCACUGCUCAGGAAGCCCGGCUUGGCCUCAGGGCCUGUGAUGGGAACGUGGACCACGCGGCCAUUCACAUUUCCAACCGCAGAGAGGAGCUGGCCCAGAUAAGGAAGGAGGAGAAGGAGAAAAGGAAGCGCCGACUGGAGAGCAUCAACUCUCUGCGAGGAAUGGGCUACUCUACGCGCGCUGCCAAGCAGGCCCUCCAUCAGGCCAAGGGCAACCUGGAUGAUGCCCUGAAGAUCCUCCUCAGUAACCCUCACAUGUGGUGGCUCCAGGAUUCAGACCCUGAAAACAACCGCCGGCAAGCAAGCCCCUCCCAGGAAAGCAUUGACCAACUGGUGUACAUGGGCUUUGACACGGUGGUGGCAGAAGCUGCCCUGAGGGUGUUUGGAGGCAAUGUCCAGCUGGCAGCCCAGACCCUCGCGCACCACGGAGGCAGCCUUCCUGCUGACCUGCAGCUCUCGGGGGAGGACUCCUCGUCCACGCCAUCCACAUCCCCCUCACACUCCGCAGGAACCUCUAGUGCCUCAACAGAUGAGGACAUGGAGACAGAGGCCGUCAACGAGAUCCUGGAAGACAUUCCCGAGCAUGAGGAAGACUACCUGGACUCCACCCUGGAAGACGAAGAGAUUAUUAUCGCCGAGUACUUAUCCUAUGUAGAAAAUAUCAAGUCAGCCACAGUGAAAAACUAAACAAACUAAACGUG